AGGCUCGAGGCUCUCGCCAGCUGCGCUUGCAACGGUCGCGCAUAGCCUCCCAGCAAGCUGAGCGGUAGACCGAGCCCCUUGUGAAGGCAUGGCGAAGGCCGCCAGCCCUUCCGGCGCAAUGGUGGCUCCCAUGCCUGCCGUCGGCACCCGGAACAGCCCCAUGGCGCGGGGGGUCAGCGCCGCGUCGGCGGGGGCCGCCAGCCGUCAGACCUCGGUCGGGGCGGGGCACGUGGUGGUCGUCGGUGGCGGCUUGGCCGGCAUCGCGGCCGCGUGCGAGCUGCUCGAGUGCGGGUGUUCUGUGACGAUCUUGGAGAAGAUGCCCAACCUCGGUGGGAACUCCUCCAAAGCCACGUCUGGCAUCGCGGUGCCCGGGAGCAAGCUUCAGUCCGAGAAGUACGGCCUGCAGGACGACGGCGCGGACCUCGUGCGGCAGGGCGCGGGCUCCUGGCUGAGGGGGGCCCCAGCCGACGUGGAGUGGCUCCUGAGCAGCCUGGGGCUCCAGGACGAGCUGGUGCUGAGGCAGACGCCUGGACACAAGGUGAUGCGCACCAUCGGCACGAAGCACAACUUCCCUGGCAUGGUUAUCACCUACGCGGCCAUUAAUCAUUUGAAGCGCAUCGCAGAGACGCAUACAGCUAAAAUCAAGAUCAUCACGCGCGCGGAGGUGAAAGGGCUUACCAUUUCCGCUGGCCAGGUCUGCGGGGUGACCUACUACAGGACACGCGACGACGGCAGAAUCAUCAGCGAAAAUCUCGCAGGUCCAGUGAUCCUGGCCACGGGAGGCUUCUGCGGUGACAAGUCUGCGCAAGGAUUCUUGCAACAGUACAGGGGAGAUCUCAGACAACUGCCGACCACGAACGACGAGCGCAGCAGCGGCGACGGUAUCAGGUUGGCCCAGUCGAUGGGCGCGAAGAUGGAGCGCCUCCAGGACGUGGACCUCAUUCCGACGGCGUUGGUGGACCCAAGCGACAGAAACAGCUCUUUGAAGUUAAUCGCCUCGGACUCCAUUCUGGGCGAAGGCGGUGCCAUCUUGGACGCAGCAGGCGGACGCCCCUGCAACGAGAAGGGCCCCAAGAAGGACGUGGCAGACAAGAUGGCGAGAGCCCGAGGCCCAUUCCGACUGGUGAUCGGCACUGACAAGGCCGCACCACUGGAGUGGAUGAUGGAGUUCUACCAGAAGAACAAGCUCAUGCGGAAGCUCGGGUCCGGGGGCUCGGGAGGCGUCUCGGCGCUCGCCAAGGAGAUGGGCGUCAAGCAGGCGGCGUUGCUGAAGUCGCUCAAAGACGUCGUCGAUCAGGACGGCGAGCUGUUCGUCGGCGAGGUGACGCCCGCUGUGUACUCCUGCGCGGGGGGUAUCUGCACCGACGCGACCACGUCCCAGGUAAAGGGCACCGCCGGCCCGAUCAAGGGCCUUUUCGCGGCUGGCGAGG